AUGGCCUUUCUAUCUUAAUCUUUUUCUCUCCAAUUCAUCAUCUCCUUCUGUUUUCAUUCCUGCCUUCUUUUCGUUUUGCACUUUACCUUUUCUCUUUGCUAGAAAUCUUCAUCUGCUUGCUGUUAUUUCGUUCUUGAUCAAGUCCCAUGGCGCGUUUACCUUCAAGCUCGUCUAGCUUGGAAUUGACCAUAUCUAUGCCUGGCUUCACUUCAUCCCAGAUUCUUGCUUCAUCUGAGGGUUGUGCAGUGAGGGACUUGGACAUAAACCAAGUACCAUCAGUUGGAGCAUCUCUAGAAGAAGAAUGGCUGGCAUUGAAUAUGGAAGAUGAUGAUGAUGAAGAAAGUAUCCACGGAGGCCCUCCCCGAAAAAAACUCCGCCUCACCAAGGAACAGUCCCACCUCCUUGAAGAAAGCUUCAGACAAAAUCAUACCUUAAGCCCCGUAAACCUGAUCUAUCACUCUCUCUUUAUUUAUCUCUCUAGAUUGCAAUCUCCCCCCAGGCCCGAACCCAUUUCUUCUUUGAAGCAGAAAGAGGGUUUGGCUAUGCAGUUGAAGCUGAGGCCACGGCAAGUUGAGGUGUGGUUUCAGAAUCGUAGGGCCAGGUAUUGUACCUUAAAUAUGCUAAGGCGCAAGCUGAGGCAGACAGAGAUGGAAUGCGAGUAUUUGAAGAGAUGGUUUGUAUCACUUACCGAACAAAACCGAAGACUCCAGAGAGAGGUGGAGGAGCUACGGGCAUUGAAAGUUGGCCCGCCCACCGUCAUCACCCCCCACAUGAGUUCGAAGCCCCUCCUAGCAUCCACUCUCACCGUGUGUCCCUGUUGUGAGCGUGUGACCACCACCUCCGCCCCCACGUUGUCUACUAAAGUGGUACUGGUGCCACCUCUUCAACCUCGAUAAUCUUCGGCAGGUUGUUAAUUAGGACAACACAACGUAUAUUAAUUAUAUCCUAGCUAUCAUAAUUAAUUAAUGACCCACUUAAGAUGAUAUAGAAAUCUAACAGAUUUAACAUAUAUUCAUAGAAAAAAAAAAAGUCAUUCAGUGAUUAAUUAACUAGAUUAUUCGGAUGAUGUUUAUUAAUUAGUACCAAUUAAUCUAUGUAGAUACUUAAUUCUAGAUGCAUGCUCUUGGUUGUUUUUACUAUUACAUUAAUUGUUGAAAUUUCAAAUUCCCUCCAAUUUGACUUUGACUUCUUUAGAAGUUUCUCUCCAAUGUAAUUUUUUGUUAGGCCCACGUUGCAAAGACAAGCAAACUUUAAUGAUUUAUAAAUAAAUGUGUUUCACAAUA